AUGAUCAAAUUGACGCUGAAGAGUCCUCAGGGCGGCCGACGUAUUGGAGAGACGUUUAUAAGAAAAUGCGUUGUCCAGGACCACCUUGUCAUCACGAAGGACAGUACUGCUGGCAGGAUCCACCUCGUCAAAUACGUGGAAAAUCAUGGUGUCAUUAACACCCAUGAUGACGUUCCCGAGGCCAUUCGAGAGCAGCUAUUUGCCGAAGAACGACAACAAAUUGAUCGACGACAGAAAAGUCCCAACCUUCCUGCAAGUUCAUCAGCGCUUCCUGCUAUCAAUAUCAAUGUCCUCCCGACGCCAUCAUCCCAGCAGUUGUCUUGCUCAUACGGCGAUCAGUCGAAAUCUUCUAGAAUUGAACAAGCUCACUCGUUCAAGAUAUCCGAGUCCUUUGAAGAAGCACUCGAAAAUUAUGCCAAUUGGCAUCUUGGACGAGUGAGUACCGUCAACUCCAGGGAACAUAUUAUCCGAGCGCGCGACAUUGCGCUGGAAAAGUGUCUUGAUCUGCAGCAGAUCUUCAUUGAUAACGACCCAGAAUCUUUCCCAGGGGUUGCGAUUGGUAUGGCCCGCAGGUUCGCUAACGACAUUCCGCUGUGGCUUGAGGAUCGGGAGCACAGGAAUGGUACAGAGGAGCCUGAAAACGAGUGA